AUGAGUCUGCUCCGAUCCCACGCUCCCAAGAGCAUCGCUCGCUCCCUUGCCGCUUCCUCGAGGUCCGUCUCGGCCUCGACUGCCGCCGCCACCCCGACCGUGGCACGCGGCUUCCAGUCCCAGGCGACUCCUGUCGGCCGCCUCGCCAGCCGCGCCAGGAUCCCCGCCGCACCGCUCGCUCCCCGCGUCGCCAUCGCCUCCCGCCUCCAGGCUCGCGGCUACGCCGCCGAGGCCGGCAAGUUCAACCGUGACAAGCCCCACAUGAACAUCGGCACCAUCGGUCACGUCGACCACGGAAAGACGACCCUCACCGCCGCCAUCACAAAGGUCCUCCACGAGGCAUCGGGCUCCGGCAAGUUCAUCGACUACGCCUCGAUCGACAAGGCGCCCGAGGAGCGCGCCCGUGGUAUCACCAUCUCCACCGCCCACGUCGAGUACGAGACCGGCAACCGUCACUACGCCCACGUCGACUGCCCCGGCCACGCCGACUACAUCCGAAACAUGAUCACCGGCGCCGCCCAGAUGGACGGCGCCAUUAUCGUCGUGUCGGCCACCGACGGACAGAUGCCCCAGACCCGCGAGCACCUGCUGCUCGCCAAGCAGGUCGGCAUCAAGAAGCUCGUCGUCUUCAUCAACAAGGUCGACCAGGUCGACGACCCCGAGAUGCUCGAGCUCGUCGAGAUGGAGAUGCGCGACCUCCUCUCCACCUACGGCUUCAACGGCGAGGAGACGCCCAUCGUCAGCGGCUCGGCCCUCGCCGCCCUCGAGGGUCGCAACCCCGAGAUUGGCGCCCAGGCCAUCACCAAGCUCAUGGAGGAGACUGACCGAUGGCUCGACAUGCCGCCCCGUGACCUCGACAAGCCAUUCCUGAUGCCCGUCGAGGACGUCUUCUCGAUCCCCGGCCGAGGCACCGUCGUCACGGGCCGUGUCGAGCGCGGCACCAUCCAGAAGGGUGCCGAAAUCGAGAUCCUCGGCCUCGGCAACACCUUCAAGACGACCCUCACCGGUAUCGAGAUGUUCCACAAGCAGCUCGACCAGGGCAUGGCCGGCGACAACAUGGGCGCGCUGCUGCGCGGCGUCAAGCGCGAGCAGGUCAAGCGCGGCCAGGUCAUGGUGAUCCCGGGCUCGAUCAAGCCCGUCAAGAAGUUCCGCGCCCAGAUCUACGUCCUCAAGAAGGAGGAGGGCGGACGCUACACGCCCUUCAUGGACAACUACCGCCCGCAGCUCUUCAUCCGCACCUCGGACGUCACCGUCGCCCUCCACCACCCGCCGGGCACCGAGGACGCCAGCGAGAAGAUGGUCAUGCCGGGCGACAACGUCGAGCUCGACGGAGAGCUGGUCCACGACAUUGCGCUCGAGGAGGGAUCGCGAUUCACCCUCCGCGAGGGCGGCAAGACGGUCGGCACCGGCAUCGUCACCAUGAUCCACGGAUAG